AUGACAGAGAAUCUUUCACUUGUCACCGGUGCAAGUGGGUUUAUCGCGAGUCACGUCGUUCAGCAGCUGCUUGAAAGAGGCGAGCAAGUCCACGCUACGGUUCGCAGUACGAACAAUGAAAGGAAGAUUAAACAUCUCCUUGACAUGCAGGAACGAUGGCCAGGGAUGCUGACAUUGUUCGAAGCGGAUUUGCUUAUCCCUGGCUCUUUUGAAGCUGCAAUGAACUGCUGUUCAGUAGUAUACCACAUUGCCUCCCCAUUCCUCAUCGAAAACGAAAUCCGCGAUGGCCAGAAAGAAGUUGUUGAGCCGGCUCUCAAAGGGACGCAGAAUGUGCUGGAUGCUGUUGAGAAAUGCGAGACUGUCAGAAUUGUGAUCCUGACCUCAUCCGUGGCAGCCAUAUUUGGCGAUAAUGCCGAUGUGCUGGGAAUGAAAAACAACACACUCGCCUCGGAGUAUUUCAACGGCAGCAGCUCUGUGACCCACAACGCCUACCCAUAUUCCAAAGUGAUCGCUGAGAAAGAGGCCUGGAAGCUAUAUGAGUCGCAGCCAGCUCCUCCACGCUGGAAGCUGGUGACUAUUAAUCCUGGGCUUGUUCUGGGGCCAUCCUUAUCCCCAUUGUCCGAAUCUGGUAGUCUAUCUUUGCUUGACCAGCUCCUACGCGGCCAGUUGCUAUUUGGAGUGCCAGAUAUGUGGUUUGCAACUGUUGACGUUCGAGAGGUUGCCACUGCCCACAUUCAAGCUGCCCAAAAUCCGGAUUCUCACGGUCGCUAUAUCCUAGCCGACAGCAAAACACAUAGUUUUGUGGAAAUUGCUCGAAUCCUCCGAUCUAUUACUCAGUCUUUCUGGAUGCCAAGAAACAAACUUCCGAACACCCUAGUCCGUAUGCUUGGGCCUGUGCUUGGCUUAAGUCAAAAAUACCUACGACUGAAUUUGGGGAUCCCUUUUAACAUCGAUAAUCGUCCCAGCUUGAAUGAAUUGAAAAUCGUUUAUCGACCUCUCGAAGAAACAUUGGCAGACCAUUACCAGUCUUGGAAAAGUACAAAGAGCCGAUCGCGCUAG